AUGGCUUCUGCGACAGACCUUCCUGUCGCCAUUGAGGGCCUCACCCUCCAAACGACCACCGAGAGCUCCCGGUUCCCCAACUGCUACCCCUCCUUGAACCCGGUCGACAUCUACAGAGAGCAUAUCGCCGAUAAGUUGGCUGAGAUCACCGGCAUUGACGCCGCCAAGAUCUUUGACCGUCUGCUAUGGACCGACAAGCUGGACAAAGGUGACCUCGUGUUGCCGGUCCCCGCUUUGGGAAUCAAGAAGAACCCCCAGGAACUGUGCAAGGAGCUCGCUGAGAAGUUCCCCGAGUCGGACCUGGUCGAGCGCCCUACGCCCGUGGCCAUCCACCUUCAAUUCUUCUUCAAACCCAACACGCUCACCCACACCGUGAUCGGACGUAUUCUGGAGGCCAAGGCGGCCUUUGGCACCAACGGUAACCAGGGUCUGCGGGACCCCGCCGACCCAUCCAAGGGCAAGAAGAAGAUCAUCAUCGAGUUCUCUUCCCCCAACAUUGCGAAGCCCUUCCACGCCGGUCACCUGCGCAGUACCAUUAUCGGUGGUUUCCUUGCCAACCUGUACACUGUCAUGGGAUGGGACGUCAUCAAGAUGAACUACCUGGGUGACUGGGGUAAGCAGUACGGUCUGCUCGCCAACGGCUACAAGUACUUUGGAAACGAGGAGGAGCUGCUCAAGGACCCCAUCAACCAUCUCUUCAAUGUCUACGUCAAGAUCAACAACAUGGUCGCGGAGCAGGACGGUCCCAUCAAGGAGCUCAAGGAGCAGAUCAAGACCAAGAAGGAGAAGAACGAAGACGUGUCGGAGCUCCAGGCGCAGCUCGACAAACUCGUCGACGUCAGCGAGGACGAGAAGGCCCGUCGUUACUUCAAGAGCAUGGAGGAUGGUGACCAGGAGGCCCUGGCUCUCUGGCGCCGAUUCCGUGACCUCAGUAUCCAGAAGUACCGCCAGACCUACGCCCGGCUCAACAUUGACUUCGAUGUCUAUUCUGGCGAAUCUCAAAUCAAGAACGAGAGCAUGACCGCCGCCUACAAGACCAUGGAGAAGGCUGGCGUCUCGGAGAAGUCCGACGGUGCCGUCAUUGUCGACUUCACCAAGCACGGUGCCAAGAAGCUCGGCAAGGCUAUUAUUGUCCGCAAGGAUGGCACUCCUCUGUACCUGACCCGUGACAUCGGUGCUAUCCUGGAGCGUGACGAGGCCUACCACUUUGACAAGAUGAUUUACGUUGUCGCCAUGCAGCAGGAUCUCCACUUGGCCCAGCUCUUUAAGAUCACAGAGCUGAUGGGCUACAAGGAUCUGGCCAGCCGGUGCCAGCACGUCAACUUCGGUAUGGUCCGCGGUAUGAGCACUCGCAAGGGUACCGUCAAGUUCUUGGACGACAUCCUGCAGGAUGUCCGCGACAAGAUGCACGAGGUCAUGAAGAAGAACACCGAGAAGUACGAGCAGGUCGCCGAUCCCGAGAAGACGGCCGACAUUCUGGGUAUCACGUCGGUCAUGGUGCAGGACAUGACUGGCAAGCGUAUCAACGGCUACGACUUCAACCUGGAAGCCAUGACUUCCUUCGAAGGUGACACCGGUCCUUAUCUGCAGUAUGCUCACGCCCGUCUCUGCUCUAUCGUCCGCAAGUCCGGCCUGGACGUCACCCAGCUCGGAUCCGCGAACCUGGAUAUCCUGACGGAGCCCCAUGCGGUCAACCUUGUGCGUCUGCUGGCGCAGUGGCCCGAUGUCCUUAUGAACACCACCCGCACGCUGGAGCCUACCACCAUCAUCACCUACCUCUUCCGCAUGACUCACAUGCUCAGCUCUAGCUACGAUGUGCUCAAGGUGGUGGGCAGUGAACCGGAGGUGAAGAUGGCUCGUAUGGCUCUGUACGAGUCGGCGCGUCUAGUCCUGAACAGCGGUAUGCGGAUUCUGGGUCUGAGCCCUGUGGAGCGGUAUGUUGAAAUCGAGUCCUGUGUAGAGGCAAAAUUACUAACGUGUGCUGUAUUUUACGAUAUUUAA